CUCCAUUACGGCACCCUGAGCUCCAGCCCUGUCCUUGGUCUCCCUGGCUAGGACACAUUUGCCGGGUGCAAGACAUUUGCUUAAGGCUUGUUCCCACCCUGGGCUCCUUCUCCUCCUUGAAUCAAGGCCUCCGGAUCCACAUGGAUAGCUGAGAUCUUUUCUUGGAGAAAGAUACUUCUUCCUCGUCUCAUCCCCGAUUUGUCCCACCCGACAUCCCCUGUCUGUUUCUUCUGCCUCUCUAUGGGAUUUCUUGCCUGUGUGCCUGUCUAGGACGGUGUUGUUCUUUUUCCUCCUUCCUCACCCUCCUGACAUUCCUGUGUACUCCUCUUCUUCUGUGUAUCCCCUGUCUGCUCUCUCGUACAUCGCCACCACCCACCCACCCACCCACCCGUUGCCUCCCGCCCCCAGCCAGGGCUGUUUCCUGGUUUAUCUGCUCCUCUGUGCCCUGGCCCAGCAGCCACGAUGAGCUUUAGCCUCCAUUCAGUUUUCUUCACCUUGAAGGUGAGCGUCUUUCUGGGCUCCCUGGUGGGGCUCUGCCUGGGUCUGGAGUUCAUGGGCCUUCCUAACCAGUGGGCCCGCUACCUGCGCUGGGACGCAAGCACACGCAGUGACCUGAGCUUCCAGUUCAAGACGAACGUGUCCACUGGGCUGCUCUUGUACUUUGAUGAUGGUGGCGUCUGUGACUUCCUCUGUCUCUCCCUGGUGGAUGGCCGCGUUCAGCUCCGCUUUAGCAUGGACUGCGCCGAGACCACUGUGCUAUCCAACAAGCAGGUGAACGACAGCAGCUGGCACUUCCUCAUGGUGAGCCGUGACCGUGUGCGCACUGGGCUGGUGAUUGACGGCGAGGCCCAGUCUGGGGAGCUACGGCCCCAGCGGCCCAACAUGGAUGUGGUCAGUGACUUGUUCCUCGGUGGCGUCCCUGCUGACAUUCGACCUUCUGCCCUGACCCUCGAUGGAGUACAGAGCAUGCCCGGCUUUAAAGGAUUAAUGCUGGAUCUCAAGUAUGGCAACUCGGAGCCUCGGCUUCUGGGGAGCCAAGGCGUUCAGUUAGAAGCAGAGGGACCCUGUGAUGAGCGUCCCUGUGAAAAUGGCGGCAUCUGCUUCCUUCUGGAUGGCCAUCCCACCUGUGACUGUUCCACCACUGGCUAUGGUGGUACACUCUGCUCAGAAGAUGUCAGUCAAGGUCCAGGCCUCUCCCACCUUAUGAUGAGUGAACAAGCUCGGGAGGAGAACGUGGCCACUUUCCGAGGCUCAGAGUACCUGUGCUAUGACCUGUCUCAGAAUCCCAUCCAGAGCAGCAGCGACGAGAUCACCCUUUCUUUUAAAACCUGGCAACGCAAUGGGCUCAUCCUACACACGGGCAAGUCGGCCGACUAUGUUAACCUGGCUCUGAAGGAUGGUGCGGUCUCCUUGGUCAUUAACCUGGGGUCCGGGGCCUUCGAGGCCAUUGUGGAGCCAGUGAAUGGGAAAUUCAACGACAACGCCUGGCAUGAUGUCAAAGUGACACGCAAUCUUCGGCAGCACUCAGGCAUCGGACACGCUAUGGUGACAAUCUCUGUGGAUGGCAUCCUUACCACAACGGGCUACACUCAAGAGGACUACACCAUGCUUGGUUCAGAUGACUUCUUCUAUGUUGGUGGAAGUCCAAGCACCGCAGACUUGCCAGGCUCACCUGUGAGCAACAACUUCAUGGGCUGCCUCAAAGAGGUUGUUUACAAGAAUAACGACAUCCGGCUGGAGCUGUCUCGCUUGGCCCGGAUUGGGGACACCAAGAUGAAAAUCUAUGGUGAAGUUGUGUUCAAGUGUGAGAACGUGGCCACACUGGACCCCAUCAACUUUGAGACCCCAGAGGCUUACAUCAGCUUGCCCAAGUGGAACACAAAGCGUAUGGGCUCCAUCUCUUUUGACUUUCGUACCACUGAGCCCAACGGCCUGAUCCUCUUUACUCACGGGAAGCCUCAGGAAAGGAAAGAUGUCCGGAGCCAAAAGAACACAAAAGUUGACUUCUUUGCUGUGGAGCUUCUUGAUGGCAACCUGUAUUUGCUGCUUGACAUGGGCUCUGGCACCAUUAAAGUGAAGGCCACUCAGAAGAAAGCCAAUGAUGGCGAAUGGUACCAUGUGGACAUUCAGCGUGACGGCAGAUCAGGUACCAUAUCUGUGAACAGCAGGCGCACGCCAUUCACCGCCAGUGGGGAGAGUGAAAUCUUGGACCUGGAGGGGGACAUGUAUCUGGGCGGGCUGCCAGAGAAUCGAGCUGGCCUCAUUCUUCCCACGGAGCUCUGGACCGCCAUGCUCAACUACGGCUAUGUGGGCUGCAUCCGUGACUUGUUCAUUGACGGGCGCAGCAAGAACAUCCGGCAGCUGGCGGAGAUGCAGAACGCGGCAGGCGUCAAGUCCUCCUGUUCACGCAUGAGCGCCAAGCAGUGUGACAGUUACCCCUGCAAGAACAAUGCGGUGUGCAAGGACGGCUGGAACCGCUUCGUCUGCGACUGCACUGGCACCGGCUACUGGGGGAGAACCUGUGAAAGAGAGGCAUCUAUCCUGAGCUAUGACGGCAGUAUGUAUAUGAAGGUCAUCAUGCCCAUGGUGAUGCACACGGAGGCAGAGGAUGUGUCCUUCCGCUUCAUGUCACAGCGAGCCUAUGGGCUGCUGGUAGCCACUACCUCCAGGGAUUCUGCAGAUACGCUGCGUCUAGAGUUGGAUGGUGGGCGUGUCAAGCUCAUGGUUAACUUAGACUGUAUCAGGAUAAACUGUAACUCCAGCAAAGGACCUGAGACCCUGUAUGCAGGGCAGAAGCUCAAUGACAAUGAGUGGCACACCGUCCGGGUGGUGCGGAGAGGAAAAAGCCUGAAGUUAACAGUGGAUGAUGACGUGGCUGAGGGUACAAUGGUGGGAGACCACACCCGCUUGGAGUUCCACAAUAUUGAAACUGGUAUCAUGACUGAGAAGAGAUACAUCUCUGUGGUCCCCUCCAGUUUCAUUGGCCAUCUGCAGAGCCUCAUGUUCAAUGGCUUGCUCUACAUUGAUUUGUGCAAAAACGGUGACAUCGACUACUGUGAACUGAAGGCUCGUUUUGGACUGAGGAACAUCAUUGCUGACCCUGUCACUUUCAAGACCAAGAGCAGUUACCUGACCCUUGCCACCCUGCAGGCCUACACCUCCAUGCACCUUUUCUUCCAGUUCAAGACCACUUCUGCUGAUGGCUUCAUUCUCUUCAAUAGUGGUGAUGGCAAUGAUUUUAUUGCAGUUGAGCUGGUCAAGGGGUACAUUCACUAUGUGUUUGAUCUUGGCAAUGGCCCCAAUGUGAUCAAAGGCAACAGUGACCGCCCCCUGAAUGACAACCAGUGGCACAAUGUUGUCAUUACUCGGGACAACAGUAAUACCCACAGCCUGAAAGUGGACACCAAGGUAGUCACUCAGGUCAUCAAUGGUGCCAAAAAUCUGGAUUUGAAAGGUGAUCUCUACAUGGCUGGUUUAGCCCAGGGCAUGUACAGCAAUCUUCCGAAGCUCGUGGCCUCUCGGGAUGGAUUUCAGGGCUGCUUGGCCUCUGUGGACUUGAAUGGGCGCCUGCCUGAUCUCAUCAAUGAUGCUCUCCACAGGAGUGGGCAGAUUGAACGAGGCUGUGAAGUUGCGUUGACCAAAGCUGACCUACAAGGACCCAGUACCACCUGUCAGGAGGAUUCAUGCGCCAACCAGGGGGUUUGCAUGCAGCAGUGGGAAGGCUUCACUUGUGACUGUUCAAUGACGUCAUAUUCUGGAAACCAGUGCAAUGACCCUGGCGCUACAUAUAUCUUUGGAAAAAGUGGUGGCCUCAUCCUCUACACCUGGCCUGCAAAUGACAGACCCAGCACACGCUCUGACCGCCUCGCCGUGGGCUUCAGCACCACUGUGAAGGAUGGCAUUUUGGUACGCAUUGACAGUGCCCCAGGACUUGGUGACUUCCUCCAGCUCCACAUUGAACAAGGGAAAAUUGGAGUUGUCUUCAAUAUUGGUACAGUUGACAUCUCCAUCAAAGAAGAGAGAACCCCUGUCAAUGACGGCAAGUACCAUGUGGUGCGCUUCACCAGGAAUGGUGGCAAUGCAACGCUUCAGGUGGACAACUGGCCAGUGAAUGAACAUUAUCCUACAGGCAACACUGAUAAUGAACGCCUCCAAAUGGUAAAACAGAAAAUCCCCUUCAAAUAUAACCGGCCUGUAGAGGAGUGGCUGCAGGAAAAAGGCCGGCAGUUAACCAUCUUCAACACCCAGGCGCAAAUAGCCAUCGGAGGAAAGGACAAAGGACGCCUCUUCCAAGGCCAACUCUCUGGGCUCUAUUAUGAUGGUUUGAAAGUACUGAAUAUGGCAGCUGAGAACAACCCUAAUAUUAAAAUCAAUGGAAGUGUCCGGCUUGUGGGAGAAGUCCCAUUGGUCCCGGGAACAACACAGACGACCUCCAUGCCACCUGAAAUGUCUACCACUGUUAUGGAAACCACCACCACCAUGGCUACUACCACCACCCGCAAGAAUCGCUCUACAGCCAGCAUUCAGCCAACAUCAGAUGACCUUGUUUCAUCUGCUGAAUGUUCAAGUGAUGAUGAAGACUUUGUCGAAUGUGAACCAAGUACAGGAGGUGAAUUAGUUAUUCCUCUUCUUGUAGAAGACCCUUUAGCUACCCCUCCUAUUGCUACUCGUGUACCCUCCAUUACACUCCCCCCUACCUUCCGCCCCCUCCUCACCAUUAUUGAGACCACCAAAGAUUCCCUGUCCAUGACCUCUGAGGCGGGGUUACCUUGCUUGUCGGACCAAGGCAGCGAUGGUUGUGAUGAUGAUGGCUUGGUGAUAUCUGGGUAUGGCUCAGGGGAAACCUUUGACUCUAACCUGCCCCCUACUGAUGAUGAAGAUUUUUACACCACCUUCUCCUUGGUAACAGAUAAGAGUCUUUCCACUUCAAUCUUCGAAGGUGGCUACAAAGCACAUGCGCCCAAGUGGGAAUCCAAGGACUUUAGACCUAACAAAGUCUCGGAAACUAGUAGAACUACAACCACAUCUUUGUCCCCUGAGCUGAUCCGCUUCACAGCGUCCUCCUCGUCUGGGAUGGUGCCCAAAUUGCCAGCUGGCAAAAUGAAUAACCGUGAUCUCAAACCCCAGCCUGAUAUAGUCUUGCUUCCGUUGCCCACUGCCUAUGAGCUAGACAGCACCAAACUGAAGAGCCCACUAAUUACUUCCCCCAUGUUCCGUAAUGUGCCCACAGCAAACCCCACGGAGCCGGGAAUCAGACGGGUUCCGGGGGCCUCAGAGGUGAUCCGGGAGUCCAGCAGUACAACAGGGAUGGUCGUCGGUAUUGUGGCUGCUGCUGCCCUCUGCAUCUUGAUCCUCCUGUACGCCAUGUACAAGUACAGGAACAGGGACGAGGGGUCCUAUCAAGUGGAUGAGACGAGGAACUACAUCAGCAACUCGGCCCAGAGCAAUGGCACGCUCAUGAAGGAGAAGCAAGCCAGCUCCAAGAGCGGCCAUAAGAAACAGAAAAACAAGGACAAGGAGUAUUAUGUGUAAACAUAACACCGAUCGUAUGCAAAUUUCAAACAGAAUUAUUUAUACCUGAGUACUAUGACAAUGAGAUUUAACUUUCUGGAUGUGUUCUGUGAGAUGGGGUAUACCACAACUAUGGUGGGGAAACCAUUUUGAAAAGGACACAUACGAUGGUGUAUCUCUCUGUAAUGAUCAGCCGUGCUGCAAGGUUGCAUCCAUGGCCCGGAGACAGAAAAUUCUCUCUGCCCUGCUGUAUCAUAAAGCACACACUUAGUGCCCUGGAGCAAGUCCACAUGACCUUGGAAGCUUCCUUCUCUCCAGGACCUUUUGAAAUGGGUAGAAGACUAUAUGGCUUACUUGUUCCAUAGCUCCAAGUGAGUCUGUAAUGAUGUUUGUGAAUCUUGACUGUAGCAAUGUUGGGUUACUUUUUGUUUGUUUGUUUGUUUAAUUAUGUAAAAAAUCAAAAACAAAAAAAUGAGAAAAGAAAAAUGCUUCAAAAAAAAAAAAAUCAAAAACAAAAACAAUACAAAAAACCCAGAAAUACUCUUAUCUGGUUCUGGCCAGUGGGAGUGUAACUUCCAAGAUCUGAGGGGAAAGUGGCUUUUGGGUUUUCGUUUAUUUUUUUUGACAAUGACUACACAUAAGAAGAAGAGGAAAAAAUACUCAGAAAUCAAAUGUAUAAGACUCUUGCCAUAUGAACUCAAAAUCCACCAUGGCAUUCACUCCACGUAGCAGGUUGUGGUGUUUCUAGAAUCGGUUGUUGUUUCCUAAUGCUUUGAUGAGCCCAUGUGGUAGAUGAUAAUCUACUGGAAAAGCAGGUCCCCAAGAUCGAAUGAUCUCAUUCCAAUAUUUGCCACUCAAGCCUACAGUAGAUGGGUUUGGGGCUGGUUUUAUCAGAGCUAUUGGUUUCAUUUAACAAAUAUUGUCCCUGUCCAUCUACCCAAUUGUGUGAAAGGGGAAAGAUAAGCCCCACAAAUUAAAGUAGAGCCUUUCCAAAGGAAGGCUAAGGAAGGUGGGGUGGACUGGACUGUGAUCAAAGUGCAUGCAGAUAAAGAAGAACAGAGAAAAGACAAUGCUACUGUCUGUUUCAACAGACUGCAGGGGAGUUCCCAACUUGUAACACAACCACAAAUGGUCACACAAGCCAUGUCAUGGCCAAGUGUGAAAGUCAUCGUUAUUUCCCCACCCCCAACAUAAUAAUGGUUUCCAUAGUGGUUUAAUUUUGUAGAUGUGAAUAAAGCUCUCUUUCCAUCUCCUCAUGUCUCCUUCCACCAAUCUUUUUUAAAAACAAAUAAAUAAAUGAAUAAAGCUGCUGUGACACACACAAAAUGGAAUUUAAUAGUAUAAUAUAUAUAAAUAAAUAUAUAUAUAUAUACAGAUAUAUUUAUCAUGGUAUGUUUGAUGGGAUGGCUGACACAGAAAUCUGUUCAAGUCUUGAAGUGGAAUGAGAAUGUUAUUUUAAAAGAAAAAUAACAAAACAACAAAAAAGUAAACCUUAAAAUGUGAAGAAAGUGUGAGUUUUCGUUUUGUCACAGUUAACUGUGUCAAAGAGAAUUUAAACAACAACAAAAACUUCUCAGAUUUUGUUUACAUAUUUUACUACAUUUUUGCUGGUAUAAUUCCUUAGUCACUUAUGUACAUACCGCUUUAAUAACUGUUAUUUCCUUUUUGUCUGUUUGGUUUGUAUACCAUUCUCUUUCUGUCUUCUUUUUGUAAAGAGGAAACAAUGUACAGAGUAAUAAUAAACUGGUUUUUUGGCCAUAGCCAUUCAAAAAGCAAGAACAUGAAACAAGACACAUAUUCGCAUGGAGGUGAAGUGUGUCAUCUGGAGGGGCAGGCGUAUACAAUUUCUUUUGUACAGAUGAAAACCAAUCAGCUGUUUAGAUUUAGAAAUCUACUCUUGCUGGUCUUUGUAAGUUGCAUGAAUAUUUGACUUUGAAAAAACAUAUCUUAAAGACAUGGGGCAGAAGAAGGCACAGUCUAAAGCAAUGGUAGCCUUUUCUGAUGUGUAUGGAAAGCGAUGUUCCUCCUUAUCUGAGAUUUCAAUGUGUUAAGAGUUUUCAUUUUCUUUUGAUGUCAUUAAAAAGACAGGACUGUAAAAGGAUAUCAAAGCACGAUUUUAGAUAAAUGGCCCAGCCUAUACGAAGUUGAUUAUAUCUUGAUGUCUGUGACAGAUUGCCGUUCUUGGAGUCUUGAGGUCUUGUGAACUGAUCUCCUGUUUUCUUUCUUUAUAUAUAUUUUUUAAAUCUGAGUAAAAACUCAUUUGUUGUAUUCCUUUUAGUGUAAGUUUCUAUUUGGACAAUUUUAUGGGAACUUGUGCAUUCUGUAUGUGAGCUUUCAUCAUAUUCCUGUUGUUUUCUUCGCAGACCCUAAAGGAAAUUUUUUCAUAAUGUUGUGAUGUUAUGGCUUUUUCUUUUUCCUUUUCUCUUUUAUUUCCCAUUUGCUUUUUCGUUCAAGGAUAUGCUUAGCAAUAAAAUGUUCCUUCCCAAAACCUUGUGUUAUGAUGC